CAGGUAUUAUGGAGCAGUGGGAUACUGGCAACCCGAACUGCGCUUUCAGAUACUACUUCUACAACAAAGUCAGCGACGACUCAGCACCUUUAUACCGACCCGGCCCUAACGAAGAUCCGAAGAAGUGGGAGGAGGCUCUUUCAAAGAAGCCAGGUCCUGGAUUCAUUCCAGUGCUCUGCACCGGAUUUGCUCAGAUGGGUGAGAGAAUAAAGACACAGCAACGUAACUUGGCGAACUUCAACGCCCGUCUACACGAAAUAAAUGGCUCCCUUUCCGCUCUGCUACAGAACCAUGAUACGAAAAUCAGCAUCCGGGCGAUGGAUGCGAAGAGGAAGCAUGCGGUGUUAAAGCAGAGGUGUCUUGCGUUAGCUACCAAAGUCCAGGUCUUGAGGAAUCGAGGAUAUGCGAUGAGUGGGGAUGAGGAGGACUUGAAAGCAAAGUUAAUGGCUCUGGAUAGAGGUGUCAGUGAUCCAGCAUUGGGUGCGAGAGCUGAAGAGAUCUGGGCGAGAAUGAUUACUGUGCAAGAACGCGCGAGGUUACUCAAAGGUGAACUUGAGAAGACCGGUACACAAAGUCCGGAUGUCCUCGAUGAAGAAACCGAUAACAAGGCGAAGAAGAUUUUGGAGGACUACCAAACGCAAUUGGCCCACUUAAAAAAGGAGUUGGAUAACAUCCAGCAAGAUUAUGUUGAAUGGGAGAAGCAGCAGCCUGCCGCUGCGAAGGUCAACGGCCGAUGAAGAUACCCCAGGUGGAGUUCAACGAUUAGAGGAAAAAAUGCUAGUCUGCUGGCCUGCAGACAUGAUGAACUGCAGCAUAAUGAUCUGUACAAUACUAAAACGGCUCCAUGAGAGGAUGUAUAUAUGCCCGACAGUUGGUUGUGGGAUUCAGACGAGCCAG